AUGUCCAAGUGGUCAUCACUGCGGAAGGAUGGCGACAUGUUUGGUGAGGAAAGCGACACGGGUGGCGCCCAGGCACCCUGUGGCUACAUCUUUGACGUUCCGCUGCCUGUGGCCGGGUCAAGCUUGCCUAUGAGCGCAGUUGAUAUUGUUACCAUCAAAAUUCCACAUUCCAUGACAGCGCUGGACACGGCGCGCAAUAGAGUGACGUGGUACCAAGUGCUGGUGCGCACCACGAGCCACCGGUGGAGUGUGCUGAAACGCUUUUCAGAGUUCUUUGAGCUAGACGUGGCGAUGAGGAAGGUGGGUCUCGUGCGCCUCGCGAAGCUACAGCUGCAGAAAUCCUUCUCGUCACCACCUUCACGACUAUCGCUCACACAGUGGCGGCAGAAGAAGCUGGAAAAGUUCAUGCAGUCUCUCUUGCAGGUACUGAAGGAAUUUUCAGUGAUUGUGGUGGGCGGCGGCAAUGGCGAGGCGCUCAGCGGCACCAAUGAGCUGCGGCAGAGAACGCUGGAGGUGACGCGUGCCGCAUUUGCGUGUUUUCUCCGCUUUUUGACGACAACCUCGCAUGAUGCGGCGCAAGACGGCAAUGCUGAUGAGAAUGAUACAGCGCUGUACGCGCCGAAGGAGACAACGCUGCAAGCUCUUUCGGUGGGUGAGCGCGGCUACGUGCCGCCCGCCAAAAUUGUGCAUGUUCCACGGCGUCACUUCGCCAUAAUGCUGCAGCUUCCCGGCGCCACCAUGUCAACGGUGUUCGUUGACUCCGUCGCCACAGCAGAGCGCCCACGGGAGAUUGUAGUGGGUGGGUGCUGGAAUGGCAACAUCACCGGCCUCCCUUCGGUGCUUACCGAUCCUCAGGAUGCUGGCCUUUCCUCCACAGAUAGCGCCAGUGCCGGGGGUUUGGAGCCGACGGGUGCAUUCAAGGUGCUAGUUGACACUUUUCCUUCUGGUGACUUUCAAAUGAGGUUUGAGGUGCCGCCACCAUUCGCCAUCGAUGAAUGGCAAAGUGACUAUGCAGCCGGCGUGCUGUUCCUGACGUGGCGCUCGGAUGUAACGACUCCACACACCCAAGCAGAGGGUGUAACGGAGGGAGGAAGGGAGUAA